GGUAUAAGAAACUAAGGUUUUGAUGGGAAAAAAUUUCACUACAUGUGUCAUUCCUGAUUUCGCCUUUAAUAUAUAGUUUAGAUAGAUUUUUGCAAUGUAUACAUGCUCUACUUUGACCAUAUUAGUGAUUAAUGAUAAUAAAAAAAUACUGUCAAUUGUCAUCUGCAGAUGUAAGAAAAAAAAUUCAUAUGCAAUCCUAUAAAAAUAAUAUUUAAAUACCAACCUUUAACAUUUUAUAUUUAUUGGCAAUUAAAAAAAUAAAUAAUAUUUGAAUCUUGCUAAUGAGUAUUCCAGGCGUUAGAUAACAAUUAAGCAUAUUUUUUAAAAUGAUAUUAAUUUGGGAAUGCAUGCCAAACGCGUCGAUCGGUGUAAAUUAUGUGAUUUCAAUUUAAUAUUUUUACUUUUAUUAGCUUAUCAAAUGUUUAGGGCAUUCGUUAACUUAUUCCAUAUUAUUCCUAUAUUAACAUAAAAAAUGUCAAAAUUUGACCCAAUUUAUUCGGAAAGAAACUCGAUUUAGAUUUCAACUUAUAUGACUUGAACUAGACUCGACCCGAGGCUACUGUACCCGAGUCAAUUAUUCGAUUUGACACUUUUAAAUCUCUAAUAUAUUCGUUUCUAAUUAUUUACAACGAUUAGACAUUUUCGACUUACACAUUAUAUCAAAUUGUUGCAAAUAAUAUAUGAAACGGAGUUAAUACAUUGUAUGUGUUGUGUUGGGUUAGGCUAAUGUACUCCGACGGAGGAAAUAUUAUUUUACAAAAUGACCCAUUUCACUGUGGAUGACCGCAUUCCCACACAAUCCCAUUACACCAAAUUCACACAAUUUGUCAGACUUUGAGCUAAAUUACUUAAUUAACGCGUCCAUCAUUCUUACUCUUACUCCAUUACUUUUCUUUACUUUAUUUUACUUUCUUUAUUUUCUCUCUCCAAUUUUUUCCUUUAUUUAAUCACCUUCACAUGUCUAUAAAAGCGUGCAAUUGCAAUACUUUCGCACUAAAUCUAGUCUUCAAAAGCAGCCGUAUCAACUAACACUUCCUUUUUUACUUUGCUAAAAUCUCAAUCUCAUACGUUUUCUUAAUGUGAAUGUAACUCAAUAUCAUUGCAAUGAAUACCAAAUUAACGUAAUAUUUUUGUUUUUUUUUCCUCAUUUAAUGUUUGAUCCAUGAUUCUUCAUCGCCGAGUAAAACGCUGUGAUUUGCAGAGGUUCUGCAAAAAUGAAAAGUUUGGUUGCUCUUUUGUUUGUUCUGGGUUGUGCAAUCAGCUGGGUUUCUUGCGUUUCAGCUGGCUUCAAUCAUCAACAAUCCAUCAACCCCAUCAACUCUAUUCUGGAGGUUCUGCAAAAAUGAAAAGUUUGGUUGCUCUUUUGUUUGUUCUGGGUUGUGCAAUCAGCUGGGUUUCUUGCGUUUCAGCUGGCUUCAAUCAUCAACAAUCCAUCAACCCCAUCAACUCUAUUCUGGGCAACCAGAAUUUGGGUCCUUUGAAAGAUGGAAUCUUAGGUCAAGCCCAAGCACCGAGCCCUGCAUAUGAUGAGCCUAAGAUCCCUUUGGUGUUGGCCGGGAAUCGAACUAAGAGACCCGAUAUACUCAGAAAAUUUAGGAUUUAUCAGGAUGGAUGGGACAUUUCAAAUAAGCAUUACUGGGCUUCUGUUGCUUUUACCGGUGCUGCUGGUUUCAUCAUCACGCUCAUAUGGUUGGUUUCCUUUGGUAUAACACUACUUGUUCACCAUUGUUUUGGGUGGAGGAUAAACUUCAAAGGGAAAGGAUCAACGCCCUCCCAAAGGAUUCGUCUUGUGCUGCUAAUUCUUUUCUCAUGUGCCUCUAUGGUGGGCUGUAUUCUUUUAUCUGUUGGCCAACUUGAAUUUCAUAGCGAAGGCUUGCAGACAUUGAAAUAUGUUGUAAACCAAUCGGACUACACAGCUCAAAUGCUAAGAAAUGUGUCAGAAUACUUAACUCUUGUAAAGUCUGUUGAUGUCCCUCAAUUCAACCUGCAACAGAGUACCAUGCAGGAGAUUGAUGAGCUGAAUAUGCGCUUGAGUUCUGGUGCUGACACGUUAACCGAGAAAACUAAUAAAAAUUCCGUAAAAGUUAGAAGAGUCUUCAAUACUCUACGAUCAGCGUUAAUUAUUGUCGCUUCUGUGAUGCUUGUUUUGGCUAUUUUGGGUCUGGUGCUUUCUCUCCUUGGACACCCAAAUGUGAUUCACAUAUUCAUUUUCAGUGGAUGGAUACUUGUGGCGGUUACAUUGACUCUUUGUGGAACAUUUAUGAUCUUGAACUCUGCUAUUUCAGACUCAUGUGUGGCAAUGCAAGAGUGGGUAGAUAAUCCUCGAGCUGAGACAGCUCUUAGCAACAUUCUUCCAUGUGAAGAUGAGAGAGCAACCAACCAGACACUGUUCGAAAGUAGAAAAGUUGUUGGCUUGCUUGUAAGCACUCUCAAUACGUAUAUUUACACUGCAGCAAACACGGAUCGACCACCAUCUGAUCAAUUCUACUACAACCAAUCUGGACCUUUGAUGCCCCCUCUUUGCUAUCCUUAUGAUGAUAAAAUGCAAGAUCGUGAGUGUUCACCACAGGAGGUGUCUAUGACAAAUGCUUCUACGGUGUGGGAGAAAUACAUCUGCACGACAUCCGUGGAUAAUAAAAAUUGCACAAGUGUAGGUAGGUUGACUCCAGGGGUAUAUAGUCAACUGGUGCUGGCUGUUAACGCAAGUUACGCUGUGCUGCAUUACACCCCUGAGAUGCUCAACCUUCAAAACUGCAAUUUCUUGCGGGACACAUUUAUGACAGUUACAUCGAGAUUUUGCCCUCCUUUGGAACAUAAACUCCUGAUUGUGAUUAUAGGUUUGGGAUUUAUAUCAGCUGGUAUAAUGCUGUGUCUCAUUCUUUGGUUAGUCUAUGCAAACCGCCCCCGAAGGGAGGAAGCGUUUGUGAAAACCCCAUCAAUAACAGGCUCAGGCAGUUGCAACGGGCUGAGCGACCGCCAUGAAAACAAGGAUGGUCGUGUUAGUAUGAUAUCUUUUGUAGUAACAUCUCCAGCUAGAGUUGUUCCAGAUAUAGAAAAAUAGUUCCUUGAUCUGAGAUUUUCUUCCCACCUUCCAAUUUAUGAUAGAGAAACUGAGGUGGUGCCAUUUGUUUAACACCAUCUUGAGUUUGUGGCUGGUAGGAAUUGUAUGAUUAUUGUAUAUUGUAUCGUAAUUUUGUAUAGUAUAUUGUUUAAUAAUAGAAAUGAGCUACGAUUCUUGUAUUCCAUAAAAUGUUUCGGCUGUAAAAUCUGGGUACAAACGGGUAAUACUAUACCUGAUGUCCUGAUCUAUAUCAGGCUAUGGGCUGAAAUUAGUUACGGAGUAGUACAUUACAACAUCGUAUGUUUUUAA